AGGUGCUCAGUAGUAUUUUGCAGCAGCCAACCACAUCGCCCAGCUUCAGGAUCACACACUGCACGAGACAGUUGCACACAGGUUGAGGCGAGCUGUUGUGUUGUGACUUUACAGACAAGCGAAACAAGCAGCGAUGAGAGAGAGACUCUUCGCACUUUAGGGAGAACAUGCGCGAUUUAUGAAGAUGCGUUGAGGCUGCACUUUUUUUCAGUAAGAAAACCAAUAAACCAUGGUCAUCAUCACAAAAGAAAGCUCAACAGGAAGCUGGGUGCCCAGCGACAGGCCCGAUCGGAGUUUGGGAUCAGCACCGCGGAUGAUCUGAAUGUGGGCAGAAAGAAAGAAAAGCAGCGCCGCGAAGAGUUGCAGUGAAGAGGGAAAGCGAGGCCGUGUGUGUGUGUUUUGAUAAGCGGAGCUCGGAGUCGGGGAUGUCGGGCAGGAGCGGAGGAGCGCCUCGGGGAAGCAGCAACCCCAGCCUGCAGCCCCUCAGAGCCACAGUCCCAUACCAGCUCCAGAGGGGCUCAGCUCUCCUCUGCAGGGAGGUCAAGACGGCUGACAGGACCACAGCUCGCCCUCCAAAACCAACCAUCCGCCGAACUCUUUCUUUGGACGCCAUCGUCGGACCCUAUCUGCAGGGACAGUGGCCCAAAGAGGCUGACAGCACGGCGGUGACCUGCGUCAAUGACAAAGCCACGCAGACUCCAAGUUCCUGGGCAGAGGAGACCCGGGGAAGGAGAAGUGCCGGCGGACACAAGCGCUCGGCGUCAUGGGGCAGUGCAGAGCACCUGAGGGAGGUGGCCAAGCUGAGGAACCAGCUGCAGAAGCGCUCACGCCACGUCGCUCCCUCAGCGGGGUAUGAACUCCCCCACCACCCCCCGCCAGCAGGUCAUGCAGCAGGCAUCACUCAGACACUGCCACGGGUGCCGCUCAACAGACUCGCCCCACGGCUGCGACGGAGUGUUGAAGGCCUCAACCUGGAGCUGGAAGAGGUGUUUGUUUCUGAGAAACCUGAUGAUCAGCACGAGAUCUUGGAUAUCCCAGAUGGCCACAGGGCCCCUGUGCCUGUUCAGAGAUGCAGCAGUGGCUCUCAGAGCGAGCCCUCCCCGGGCCCCCUCGAUCUGGAUCCGUCCCUCCUCUCUCCCUCUCAGUCCCCCUGUCCUCUAGAUCCAUCGCUUCUGUCGCCUUCAAAUUCCCCUUCUCCUCUGAACCCGUCUCCUCUGUCUCCAUCACAGUCUCCCUGCCCCAUGGGAGAGCCAGGGCCGGUGGACUGUGAGACACUGUGUCCCGCUCCAUCGACGUCACUCCCCUCUUUUGCACUGGAUCCUCCUCUGUUGCAGCCCUGCUCCUCCGCUCCUCGACCCAACAAAACCUACUGCUUCCAACGAGAACCGCCUGAAGGAUGCGAGCGAGUACGAGUUUGCGAGGAGGCAACGGCCGCCUGUCAGGACGAGCCUCUCCUCCAGCCAUCCUGCCCUGACCCCAAUAAAGUCAACUUUACCCCCCACGGAGGCUCUGCUUUCUGCCCUGUCAGUCUUUUGAAGCCCCUCCUGCCCUCCAUGGACCUCCUCUUCCGUGGCCUGUCGGUCUCUCCGGUCACCGGCUGCCCAGGUCAGGCCUCUCCUACCAGGCACCUGGGCAUGCAGUAGCUGGAUCUCUGAGCAGAGCCUCCUCUCAGGACUAAACCAGACUGACUGCACUGCACUGCCAGGACCUGCACAAACUGGAAAUGUUUUCUAUGCCAACAGAUAUUGCUGUAACAUGCCCUGAUUACUGUGGUCAAAAUAAGAGACUUUGGGACAUCAUUUAGAUUAACUCUGGCCUUGAAUCUGGCUGCUUUGUUGAUGAUUUUCACCUGCAGGAUGCUUCAUUUAAGUGGAUAUUUACCUCAUCGGCACUUAGUAUUCCCCCGUGUGAGCUGUGGAUAAACUACAGGACUGAAGUUCAGGAAAUGCUGGAGAAGUUUUCUGCUGUUUUUGUAUUUUUGAUAAAACUGAAUAUUGUUUUAGAUGUGCAUCAGUGCUUUAGACAAAUUCUGCAGUGCGCUCGGGAUGUUUUUUUUUUUUUAAAUGUCCAAAGAAGUGAAUUCAGUCUAAAGCCCAAGCACUUAGUACACGAGUAUUACUUUCUUACUCUACUGUUGAUAAAAGAAGCUCAGUUUGAGAAACAAAGUGCUUUAAGGGUUUGUUCCUGAGAUUUCAGAGACUCUGUUGGUUCAAAGAGAAAUAUUUUUGGCCCAUAGUUUAAUGGUGGCCUGCUUUUCUACAGAUGUAUUUCUAGGAGGAUAUAUAUUUUUCUAUCUUUGUGAGGAGGCUGGUGAUACUGUUUUUGUAUUCACUGAAUGAAAUAGACUUGUAUUUCUGUUUAUGCUUUAACGAUUUAAAAGCAGGAAUAGAUAUUUUUUUAGCUUUACUUGCCAACAGCGGGCAUUCGAACCAAACUUUUGCAAUUUUGUCAACUUUUUAAGAAUCUGACUGGGUCAAGCUGAGUUUUGUUUUUGUUCAUUUGGAGCCUCUUUGGACCAUGUGAUUCUGGCCAGAGAGCGUAAAUGUUUCAGUAUUGACUUGGAAAUGGAAGAGGUUGACUCCCUCCAUUCGAGAUAAUGUUCAAAUGGUAAAACACUGUCUUUGUCAGCUCGAUCCUAUGCAACACUGAUUGAAAAACCAUACCUACAGUUGAAAAGAAGGUAUUAUUUGUCUGUUUUAUGCACCCUUUUCAUAUUUGUAAUGUUUAGUGUGCUGUUGCCAUUGUGAAGAAAAUAAAAACCUAGAUGUUCUGGGCGUUCAAACA